UGAUAGCAAGAUUGUAUGGAGCAUGGAGCAUUUGACGGUACCGUCAUGCAAGUAAUCCACUCGAGCAAAACCCUAAAAACCCAAACUAAUCGAGGGAGAUGAAGAGAAAGAGAGAAGAAAAAGAAGCAGCAGCUGAGAAGAAGAUGGAAAUUGUGUGGCAAACACCGGCUAAUCCUCCUGAGAAACACGAUUACAUCUUUCGUGACGGGAGGCGCCACGUUAGACCUUACUACUUCGAGUUUAUCUCCCAUGUAAAAAACCGAUGGGCGGGGAAAACGAUAGUGGAUUUAUUUGCGGAAGAAUUCAAAGGCAGACCUUAUGAUUAUUAUGUUGGUGCUGUUAAAUGUGGACGGAUACAAGUUGAUGGAGAGAUGGUUCCUGUUUCGUACAUUGUUAAAUCGUCGCAGAAGAUCAGCCAUUUUGUGCACAGGUGUGGGCUUUUGCCGUGGUUGAUUGCAAGGUUUACUUGGAUAGAUUGUAGGCAUGAACCGCCGGUGAUGGCUUGGGAUGUUCCCAUUCUUGAUAAAGAAGAUGAUGUCGUAACUGUUUGGAAGCCAGCAACUGUACCUGUGCAUCCUUGUGGUCAGUAUCGCAAGAAUACUGUUGUUGGCGUUCUCCAGGCAGAACAUGGGUUAGCUCCCUUAUUUCCGGUUCAUCGGCUAGAUCGGCUUGUUUCAGGACUCCUUAUCUUGGCCAGAAAUGCUACAAGGGCUGACCUUUUUAGGCAAGAGAUUGAAGCUGGCAAAGUACAGAAACAAUAUGUUGCAAAGGUCGUUGGGGUAUUUCCUGAAGAUGAGCAAAUUGUUGAUGUUAAUGUUAAUUACAAUGCUCGAGAAGGAAGGAGCACUGUAGAGGUGGGUAACUCUUGUGAUGGUUCUCCCAUCAAGGGAAAGACUGCCUGUACAAAGUUUACAAGGAUUGGCACCAAUGGCAUUCACAGCAUUGUAUUGUGUAAACCAAUCACUGGCCGAACUCAUCAAAUCCGUGUCCAUUUGCAAUACACAGGCCAUCCUAUAGCCAAUGACAUUCUUUAUCUAUCCGAAAAUGUUACUAAUCGAUCUAGUGAAGGAGUGAAUGCUGAUAGAGCUGCUCACAGUCCAAACAAUUGUCUUGUGCCUGAAAAUAACAGUUCUGAUAAGUAUGAAGACAGUACCGAAGAAGAUUUUGACAUUGAUCCUAUGUGCACAAACUGUCCAAAUUUGGUUCCGAAAGGAUACGAUGGUCAUGAAGAGGGUUUGUGGCUGCAUUGUGUGCAAUAUUCUGGGUCUGGAUGGGUUUAUAAAUGUCCAUAUCCAGACUGGGCGGUUCUCACCUAGUAAAUCUUGAUCUUUACUUUUCCUUGCCCUUUUCUUCAUCUUCUUCUUUUUUUUUUUGUAAUCUACGUUAAUUUUUAAAUAUUCAUUGAGAAAAGAAAUGUAUUUUCACAAACAGGAUUUUGACGAGGUUUCACUGUGGCUACUGAUGAAAAGAUCAUGCA